UUUCACCAUUCAAAAAACAAAUAUUAUCUAAGUCUGGCCUACCCAUCUCUCCUUUUAAACCCCUCAUCCCAUCACCUUCAUCAACAGCUAAAAUCUCUCUCUCUCUCUCUCUCUCUCUCUCUCUCUCUCUCUCUUACAGAACAUACCAACAUGAUAUAGUAUAAGAAAGAGAAAGGAAAAACUACUAAAACCCAUCUCUCCUUUUUCUUAGAAUUCCCUAUCUUCUUGGGUUUCUCUUUUCAUUAAGACUUUUGUCUGAAUGAGGAUUGAUUCAAGCUUGCUUGAAAGAAAAAGUCAGCAACCUCAGAAGCAGCAGCAGCAGCAGCUUCGUGAAUUGCCGAAAGAGAAGAGCAGAGGCAAGAAGAACCGGAGACGUAACAAGAAGCAGAUGACUCCGAGCGUCAUUCAGAAUCUCUUCGAUACAUGCAAGGAAGUCUUUGCUGGAGCUGGGACCAUUCCGUCCCCGGUGGAUGUUGAACGGCUUCGGUCGGUUCUCGAUAGCAUGAGCCCAGAAGAUGUUGGAUUGAGUCAGGACAUGCCGUAUUUCAGUACGACUGAGACAGAAGGCGCUCCUCUAAUAACGUACCUACACCUCUACGAGUGCGACAUGUUCUCGAUGGGUAUCUUCUGCUUGCCUCCAUCAGGUGUCAUUCCGCUCCAUAAUCAUCCUGGCAUGACCGUUUUCAGCAAGCUCUUGUUUGGGUCAAUGCACAUCAAGGCUUACGAUUGGGCUGAUAUUCCUCAUAGUAGUGAUGCGAUUAUCAACCCGUCGCACUUCCAACCCUCCAAUGUUCGAUUGGCGAAGGUGAAGAUAGACACUGUCUUUACUGCCCCCUGCAACACCUCCAUACUCUACCCGGCUGCAGGUGGCAACAUGCACUGUUUCACAGCUAUGACUGCAUGUGCAGUACUGGACGUGCUCGGCCCCCCAUACUCUGAUUCUGAAGGCAGACACUGCACAUACUACAACAGUUUCCCCUACGCAAGCUUCUCAGGGGACGCCGAUGGGAUGGUGGAAGAUGGUAGGGAGGAGCAUGCAUGGUUGGAAGAGAGGGAGAAGCCAGAAGAUGUCCAUGUAGUUGGGGCCGAAUACAGGGGACCAAAGAUCACUGAGCAUUGAUGGGCCUUCAUGGGAGUGGCUCUGCAUCAAUGCCUCCCUUUUACAGCUUCCCAAUGUAAAUACACAGAAAGAGAAGGGAAAAGAAAAAGAAGAAGAAGAAGAAGAAGAAAGCUUGAAAUGCAUACAUUUCAAUAAUCAAACAGUUCCUCUUUCUUUUACAUAUAUAUAUGAAAGCUCUAGCUCUGAAAUUAGCUGUUUUAAUCCCAAGUUCAUGAGUAUUCAUGUGGGAUCCACAUUUUCCAAAUGAAGUUUUGUUUUGUUUACAAGAGGGUAGGCCUCUAGCCUACAAACCUACAGUGAAAAAAAAAAGAAAAAAAGCUACUUAAUGUUUAUUCAUUUA